CCAACCACAUCAUCAAUUCGCUGAUGACACAAAUUUCUGAGGGUGCACAUCACAAAGCAUCUCACCUGGUCCAGCAACACCAAGUCGCUCUGCAAGAAGGCACAACAGCGAUACACUUUCUCCACCUGCUAAAAAGAGCAAGUCUCCCUCCACCCCUACUCACCACAUUCUACAGGAAUACAUUGAGAGUGUGCUGACCAGUUGCAUCAAGACCCUCCAAUGGACAGUGAACACAGCUGCAAAGAUCAUCAGUGCCCCUUUCCCCUCCCUCCUGGACAUUUUCCUUAAACGAUGCUCCAGCAAAGCCACCAGCAUGGUAAAGCACCUCACCCAUCCCUCCUACAGUCUCUUCCAGCUCCUACCACUAGGAAGGUGUUAUCGGAGCAUCAUAGCCCGCUCAGCCGGAAUGCUCAACAGCUUUUUGUCCCUACAUACAAGCUCACUUGACACUUAUAUUUUCACAAAAAAAUAUAUAUUAUGUAGGAUGAUUUUUUUUUGUACAAAAAACUAAUAAUGUAUUUCUAUUAUUUGAUCUCUCUGUAUCACAAGUGUAUUGUAGGUCUGAAUCUUUAUCAGUAGAUGGAGCCACAUUCACCAUGAUUAUAUUCCAACAAGAAUGUAGCAGUAAGCAAAAAAAGAAAAACCAUCAUUUGAAAAGGCUUGUGAGGAAAACCUGCCUCCUAAGAAUAUGAUCACAGUCACCUCGUGUGUGAACCACAGCAGUCUUCCAGAAUUUACAGUGGAAUAUAUCACACAUGUUCACAAUGCUCAGGAUCUGUUUUUGCUUAAGUGUUGUCGUCCACUUCGCAGUGUCUCAGGAGGCAGAGGAGCCAAUCACAUACACGUGCACUGAAGGUUAUGAAUUUGAUGUUGAAAAGCAAAGCUGCAAAGAUAUAGAUGAGUGCAAGACCGUUCAGGAAGCCUGCAAAGGGGGGAUGAAAUGCAUCAACCAUUUUGGAGGAUACCUCUGCCUGCCCCACAAUGCUCAGAUAAUUGUGAGUAACGGUGAGGCUGAGACCACUACGGCCCCACCAGUGGAUACGGGUGUCAGAAGAGUAGUUCAGCCUGCUGUACCCCCCAUCUCAUCUGGCACUUAUUCAAGAGUCAUUCCAGGUUCAUCUUAUACACUCCAAUGUAGUGCCGGUUUCAUACUGGACUCUCAGAACUUCUGCAGAGAUGUGAAUGAAUGUGCCACCACCAACCCCUGCCAGCAUCAAUGCUACAACCUGAUUGGCUCGUACAUCUGCCAGUGUGAAGUUGGGUACGAACUGGCUUCAGACUCGGUCUCCUGUCAAGACAUUGAUGAGUGUGACUUCUCUAACUACAUGUGCCAGUUCCAAUGUGUAAAUCAGCCCGGAGGAUACCAAUGUGCUUGUCCUGAGGGAUACCAACUCCAAGGGACGCGAAUGUGCCAAGAUGUAAACGAAUGUGAAACGGGGCACAACUGCAGAGAGGAAGACAUGUGUUGGAAUUACUACGGAGGAUUCCGUUGCUAUCCCAGAAACCCCUGCCGGGAGCCAUACGUGAAAACUGGUGAAGGUCGAUGUAGAUGCCAGUCACCCAGUGUGUGCCGGGGACUUCCACCAGUUAUCGUCUACAAGUACAUGAGCAUCUUUUCCGAACGCCAGGUCCCUGCGGAUAUCUUCCAGAUUCAAGCUACUAGUGUUUAUCCCAACAUGGUAAACACUUUCACAAUCAAAUCCGGCAAUGAGGGAGGAGAAUUCUACCUAAGGCGGUCCAGUAACGUAAGCGCCAUGCUGGUGAUGACCAAGCCUUUGACGGGACCCAGAGAACACGUUGUGGAUUUGGAGAUGGUGACCCAAAGUAACGUCUUGAGCUAUCGCUCCAGCUCGCUCCUGAGACUCACCAUUAUCGUGGGUCCAUACCCUUUCUAGAUCCUCCAGAUUGACCCAAUCAUCACCUUGGAUUUAUUCUUUGUACUACAGCUUUCUAUAUUCAGCGUUCAGCACAUGGUCAUCUGAUUGCGGUCUAGAUCAGUGGUUGCUCCCGAAAAAUGUCUAUUUUUGUAUAAAGAACAGCGCUAAACGUAAAUGAUAAAGUUAAAAUAACCCUUUUAUCAUUAAAGGUGCAGUGUGUAAUUUUUAGAAGGAUCUCUUGACAGAAAUGCAAAAUAAUACACAAAACUAUAUUAUUAGGGGUGUAUAAAGACCUUUUUAUAAUGAACCGUUAUGUAUUGCCUUAGAAUGAUACGUUUUAUCUACAUACACCGAGGGUCCCCUUACAUGGAAGGCGCCAUUUUGAGCAGCCAUGUUUCUACAGAAGCCCUUAACAGACAAAAUUAGUCUCCAACGAUGACAUGUUUGUCCGGUAGCUUCUCUAUGUGUUUCAAAAGCAAGAGGUGAGCUGUGGACUGAGCCGUUGGUUGCAAUUCACAACCUCACCACUAGAUGCCGCUAAAAUUUACACACUGCACCUUUAAUAGUAGGAACAUAUGCACUUUUUCGUUAAAAAAAGAUGAACAACGUAAGAUAAAUGAAAACCAAAUAUUCACUUUUAAUAUUAAUUGGAAAUCACAAUUAAUAUGAAAUUAUUGCCUGACAUCAUGAACAUUCACAAACAAAUAGGACAAAUCAAGACUAUUAAACACCAUUCAAUUUUGGGCCCUAAAGUAAAACUUAUUGAAAACCACUGGUCUAGAUAAUUUAAAUAUAUGCAUAUUUAAAUCUAAAAAGUGGGCUGUCUGGUUUUCACAACAUUUUCUUUGUACGAUUGAAAAUGAGUGACAUGAAGGCCAAAAGAAAAACACUAGUGGUGAAUUUAUACAAGCGGAUAUCCGAAGGACAAACAGUUUUACUCCGAAAAGCACUUAGGUUAUCUUUGACCUGGUAGUUAGAGUCCGGUACAUGGAUGCAAGUUGCAUAAUCAUCUUUAGGCUAUUUCAAACUUGUUGACUUUCCUUCUAACAUGGAAAUCUCUUUAUAAAAGUACUCAACCGGUGUGCUAUAUUUUAAGUCUUCUGAAGCCAGACAACCGCUUUGCAAGACAUUGAAAUUAAAGUCAAUAUUAUCAGAAAAAAUUCUGUCACUUUUUAUAUUAGUAACUCAACGGUACAUAAAGGUAUUAAAUGUAUACAUAUCUUUACCUAAAUGGUACAUAUUAGGACAUUUAUUAAAGGGUACCGUCCCAGUGACAGCUUGGGAGCAUUUUUUAAAACAGUCUAGAUUAUAUUUUUUAACAAACGAUGCAAAUAUGACUUUAAUAGAAUUAUGCAUGAUUUUGGUAACAGUAAUGAUGCUUUUUUCAUCAGUCCCUAUUCAGUUUAAUUAUAAAUGUGACAUUCUGCAUAAAAUCUACUUUAGUUUUCCACAAAAUAAAAUAAAGUCAUACAGGUUUGGAUCGGCCUGCAUUUUCAUGUUUUAGAUAAACUGCUCCUUUAUUCUGCAUGCAUUUCUAUCAUGCAUGCAACCAGAACAUAAAUCAAAACGUUAUCAAAUGAAUCCAUGCGUUCAUCACCAGGACUCUCUUUAGUUCUUGGCAGGGGGAAAACUGUUUUAUAGGUGGAACAUGUGGAUAAAGCAAAAGUCUUAGGUGGAACAGUGCGUGUUGUAAUCUAAUGGCAUCCUUAGCUAAUGGAAAUAUCUGAAUGCGACCUCCGCCUAGCAAAUGCUGCAGAAAUGACCUCCCAUCCUAUGAGAAUAAGGCAAUAAUGUUUUGGAAACAGAAGUGAUGUUUUUAGAAAAUUGCUGGCGAGGGUUUUGGGUCACAUAAGCAAUGGAACUGUUGCCUAACAUAUCUGUAAGGUUGCCAGAGCGCCGUUUGAUCUUGUGCAGUGUUUCUUAUUGAUGGUCCAUGACAAAAACUGUUGCGUCACACCAAAUGCCCCUAGAGAUGUGACCGUGGGUGAGGCUGAAACGGUUUACCACGUUGUAUGAAAUUUUAUUUUGGCAAGCAUCCUCGGUUGCAUCGAGAUCUGAUCUGAAGUAAUGCAAUGCGAUGGAUGCUUGCCAAUCAAAUAUAUAUGUUUUAUAUAUAUUAUCUAUUUUCUUAUGAUUUUUGACGGUGAAUGCUCCCUUUUAUUUCUCUAAUUGAGAUUGCUCAUAUAUAUAUAUAGCCUAAUCUAAAUUCAAUUUAACUCUACUCAGUAUAAUAAAGAGAUUUUUUUAUUUUGUAGCUGAAUGUCAAUUGGAUUUGCACCUGUCUAUUAGAAAUAAUCUGUAUUUUCAGUUUAUUCUCAAAUUGCACUUUUUUAAUCAUAUGUAGCCCUUGUGCCAUUUAUCCUGCUGUAAUGUUUUUUUUUUAAAUAAAAAAAAUUAAAUAACAAGUG